UGUGCUUGGCGAUAUGGGAAAAAAGAUUAGAAUUGAAGGAUGACGCCCUCAUAUUCUAGACGUGUUGUGAACGGAAAAGUUUCAGCAUCGUCAGCUAUGUCUUUCGGUGAUUCUUUCGGACGUGAGUGAAGCAAUGAUGCAGUACCGCAAUGAUUCAGAACUGUUAGUAACUCUGGGGGUAUCCAAGGGACCCCUCAGUUAUCAACAGCUGGAGGAUCUCGAGGCCGACAUUAAGUUAGGAAAGCAAUGACAGACUGAAGAUGAGGUUGUUGAUUUGGAGGCAAAACAUACUGAGAAAUGGAACAGAGAGAAAUUCGGGAAAUUCAGCAAAGUGAAAUGAUGGGGAACAUGAUGCAGGCGAUGCUCAAAAUGCAAGAGGAAUCGCUCCUGUCGAGGAGACCUAAUGGUCCUGCAAAGGAAUUGGAAACAAAUCCCCGUAACACAGAACAUGAGACUUUUGAGGACUAUUGUAGUCGAUUCCCUGACCUAGAUAAUGAUGAUAAUGUUAUUGAUGAUUUUGGUGGUGAAUCACUAGAUGAUAUUUGUGAAGCUGAUAUUGGUGUAGAAGAUUAUGUAGUUGGAAACAGCGAGGCAGAAAUAAUAAGCCCAGAUAGCACAGAUGUUUCGCUUGCCAAUGUGCUUAACGAUAUCAAGUGUAAGAAAAAUAGUCAACGUCGGGACAAUGAGAAUCUUUCUAAAGAUGUGAGAAAAAAGAUGCCAGGGCCCCUAGUGAAGUCACCAUUUACUACUUGCGGAUUGACUACUCCUAAAAUCCCUGCUGUUGGGAUUCUGAAGAAGAGAUUUGAUAUUGCCACUGACGUUGUUGCGGCUGACGAGUCAAAUCUUGGGAAGGUUAGGAGUAUAGAGGAGUUGAGCAGUAUUGUUUUGGCUGACGUUGAUGCGGAGAAUGGUAAGAGAAAGGCCGUGUAUGUGGAUAAUGGGUGUAGCACUUCAACAAAUGGUGCAACCGAUGUUCAAGGUCUCGGUGUGAGAGGCGCGAAGAACGCAAAGCCCUGGUGAAUUAUUUUCAUAACUUUCAAUCUGAUCUCUUAAGAUAUGAAAGAUCUCCCUCCAAGCCGUACAUACGACUUUCAUCGAAUACGGCUUUCCACGGAAUUCUAUAUGUAUCUAUGAGAUCGAGUAUGGAAUUCUGUUUACUCACUUUAAAUUGAGUAAGGACGACUGAAAUAACGGGUGUGAAUAAUUUCAUAGACCAAGGGUGAGUGUCCCUGGUAUAUCCUUAUCCUUUAUAUUAUUGGGUGUCCUUGUUUA